CCAUGCGCAGAAGCAUCAGUGGUGACCACAGCUGCCAACGCUGCUAUCGUUCUAAUUCGUUCGCCUGUUUGAAUUUUAAAAUUUUGUCCUAGAAACCUUUUAUCUCUAUUUUUUUCCCCCUCAUCUUCUGUCUGCUUUCCUCGCAGAAAACUUCCAGUCUGGAUUACAAAUUGCUGUAUUUUCUUUCAUCAUCUGGGAGAGAGAGACAAAAAACAGUGAAAUAUAUUACUGGAAUCGUUCCAGGAGUAUGAGAUAUUCCUACCAAAAGCAACAUUAACGACUCCACCAGUUCUUCUCUUUUCUUAUUUUGAGACCAGACAUGAUUUGAAGAGACCAUCUAUCUAACCGUUAUGUCGUGAGUCCAAGAAAUUAAACCUUCUGCUCGGAUACCUAAAUGUCUAAAUAACAAUAUUUAAUAGUUGUCUUUUCAUCUACAACAUCGCUUCUAUAAUAUUCUAGUAAUUCUUUUUGGCAAACCGUUUAACUCGGUUUCUUCCUUAUUAUAUGUAUAUAUAUAUAUAUAAUUAUAUAUUCAAAUCAUCAUAGAUUAUAAAUAUUAUAAACAGCAUACACCGUGUGUGAUUUAAUCAAUCUUUGAGGGUUGAAAGAAAGCCUGUUGUUACUGUCUUUAAUUACAAGGGAGGGUUUUCAUUUGGCCCUCUCAACAAAACUCAAGGACUUCACGAUGGAUGUUCUCGAUUCAAAUAUAAGGUUUGCCUCGCAGGAAGAUGAGGUGAAGUACUGGCGGACGAAAGCCGAGGAAACGCAGAGAGACCUGCAGGCGUUACGAGAAGAGUUUCUGGAGUUCCAUACCAGCAGUAAAGAGCUUGAAGAGGAGAUGGAUACCACAAUAAAACACCUAGAUAAAGAGAAAAAAGACUUUACUGCAGUAAACAGUCGCUUACAAGAAGAAGUAGAAUCAUUAAAGCGUAAAUUAGAGUCCUUGCAGACAGCACGUCACUACGAAGUAUCAAAACUACAAACAGAUCUUUGUGAGGUUACGGCUUGGAAGGAAGAACACCAGAAAUACAUAAUUCGGAUAGAGCAGCUUAAUGAUGAUUUGGAAAGACAGAACAGAAUUGCUGCAUUGUCAUUGACAGAUUUUGAAAAGAAUCUCAACAUGGCUUUGGAGAGAAAUGUUUUCCUAGAGAAUGAACUUGAUGGCAAAGAAAUUCUCAGAGAAUCUAUUCAGAGAUUAAAAGAUGAAGCAAGAGAUUUACGAAAUGAAUUGAAAGUAAAAGGCAUGAAAUUUGGGCCAGAUGUCCCUGAACAUUCAUCAACACCUGACCUCCCUAGUAGCAGUGGCGUAGAAUGUGCAUCAGUCACCUCAACACCCCCUUCUUCUUCAGAAAAUAGUCGGACACCUUCAGCAAUGUCUGAUAACAGUGCAAAUCCAAACAGUGCAGAAAACUCAUCAACUACAUCUACAGCAACAACAAACAAAGGCUCUGUCAUAUCCUCGGCUGCCCGAAUCUCAGCUCUUUCCAUUGUAGGAGAUUUGUUGCAGAAAGUUGGUGCACUCGAAACAAAGCUCGCUUCUUGUAGGAAUUUCAGUGCUGGCAGUGAGCAGCCGUGCGGUGGUUUGGUAGCUAGUGGCAGCCCUGUUAAUUCACCACGGUCUUCAUUCGCUGUCCAUUUGCUAGUGUCCCCGGCUUCUCGGCCAGAUAAACAAUGCAUUGAAAGUCUUCAGAGAAUGCUAUUUGAUGCUGUCAAUAAGUAUCCUGAAUUACUGAAUUGUACAGCACGCCUUGUCUCUGCCAGCCAUCCUCGAGCUAACAACAACAGCUGCUGGCCACAUGGAUGCAAUGAAACAAACAGAAACACAACAAGACCGGUCGCUUGAACUACUCUGUGAAUUAGAAAAAGGUUUUUCAUAUUGACAGGUCAUCCCGUUUGAAGCGAGGAGCAGUCCAUCAGCGAACCCCUUUGAAUGUGACUAUGUGACAACCAGCAUCUCCAAGGAACACGAGCGCAGCUGUUAAAGCCAGCAGAACACAACACAUUUUAGGCAGUUUAGCACAUGUCCAUUAAGUGUGCCAGACCUUUACCUCUUUGUUCUCUUAGUUAUGCUGGCUUUCCUGAGUUUGGUUCUCUUGGAAGUGACUGUAAUGGUAUGGUUGGGGAAUGAGUGUGAAACAUGGAUGGGAAAACUGAGUCCUGCCAGACUGGUUCAUGCCCUUCUAUCACCAGGCACCUUGCUGCUAGCUGUGUUGCUUGAUGUCACCACAAGUUAUUACUGCUUUAAUGCUCUAUUCAAACUGGAAGCUGGCUAUAUCUUUAUAUGCUCCCAGCCAUUCUUUACUGUGUAAAACUUUCAUCUUUUAUAAUUAAGUUGGCAGAGAUUAGUGGUUUUUUUUUUGUUCAUUUUUUUUUUUCCUCCUUAUCUUUUCCUUUCUUCUAUCAUAUUUUGUUCCUAAGGAACAGUCAUAAAAACAUUUGUAACAUUUCUGUAGCUGAAACUAUUGUACUUAAAGUAUGUACUCAUAUUCUGAAGAGUACUACUAGAAUAAUUCUUCAGCUUUUCCACUCCCACUUCUCUGAUCUCUGUUGUAUUUUCUAUCUAGUCCUCACCUUUGCCAAUGUCUUAUCUCUGCUGAUAGAUUCUUGGCACAGUUAAUGUCUCUGAAUUUGAAUGUAAAAUGAUUACUUUCCCUCUCGUCAUUUUAUCAUCUUCAUCUCUUUAACUAGUUUCUCCAUCUUGUUAUUUCUUUAUAUUUGGAAGCUUUCACUAAUAUUUAAAUUAUUUCUUCUAGCUCAUUACUUUUCCUGUUUAAGUUUUAUAUGUAGUUGAGGGGAGUGAGUGAAAAUACUCACCCAUGUCAAAAUUAAUAAUUCUGUAUCAUAUAUCGAAACUUAGUGAAAUACAUUUUAACAUAUUCAAUGCUUAUGAAGGUAAUUUCUUACAUUAAGUGCUAUUUUUUUAUCCUUUAAUACUGUACAAAGGAAUGAUGAGAAUGAAUGUUUUACUAAAGGCAAACUGGUAAAUUUUAUAAGCUCCAAUGUCAAAAGCUGUGAUAGUCCCAUUUAGCCCAAGCAAAAUGGUUUCACUGACUUCCCACAAAACUAAAAACAAAAAAAAUUUCUUUUUUGCCUUAUUUAUCUAAGAAUGAUUUUAUAUUUUUUCUUAUCAAGCUGUUUGGUUUUGUCAUUAUCAUUGUUAUAUUAACUCUAAUUUUCAUGUUUGUAAUAUAAUUCUGUAUUAUAUUUCAAAGUAUAAGAAUUGUUAAGACUAUAUCUAGGUAACUUGCUUUUUCUUUUUUCUUGCAAAGUGAACCAUUACUUAGUUUUUUCUGUUCCUUCUAUAGUUACUCACCAGAUUUUCAUUCAUGCAAAUCAUAGAGUUGUCAUGAUAUUUUGUCCAACAUCGAAGACUAGCUUCUAUUCAUUUAGAGCCUUUUCUGGUUAAUUGAUUUCUUCAUCUUUAUUCAGGCUGUUACAUUACUUUCAUCAACCCAGAUUGCUCUCCACAUUUUCUCAAAUCUUUCUCACAGCACAAGGCCCUACCUCUUCCCAUAUUAAUGUUUUAUUUCCACUUCAUAAUUCUCUGUGGAAUUGUUGGGUUUCAAGUGCUGUUCUAAAUUGCCCAACACAUUCUUUCUCACACAUUUCUCUCUCAUAUCUCUUACACAUACACACACACACAAGUAAUUUAUUUUAAUUUAAUGAAAUGCUCAUUUAUUCAUUUGAGUAAUUGAGGGACAACUCACUCACUCCCUCCCUCCCUGUGUGUGUGUAUGUGUUUUAAUGUCCACUUUUCCAUAUUUGAAUGUCUGUGGGUAACUUUGAAGGCACAGAAAUAUGUGAAUUUCUGUCUUGUACAUUUAAAUGCACUUACGGAAAAAAUGAAUCAAAAAGAUUUU